AUGUCUGAGUUGAAGCAAUCUAGAACAGUAUCCCCAAAUGCCGAAGCGAAUAUGGGGCAAAGCUCCACUUAUGCAGACCGAGACGCCGAACGGGCAUACCGUAGAAAAGUGGACCUGUGGGUAUUGCCAAUGUUGUGCCUGAUGUACUUCUUUGAUUGCAUGGAUCGUAGUAACUUGGCAAAUGCCAAAACAGACGGUCUCGACGAGGACUUGCAUUUUCAGGGCAAUGAUUAUUCGCUAUUGAUUCUUGUCUUCUAUAUUCCUUUUGGUUUAUUUGACCUACCAUGGAACUUGCUCAUCAAGCGCUAUUCUGGUCGAAUCAUGCUUUCAUCCACUAAGAACUUUGGUUCCUUACUUGCCAUUCGUAUCAUUCUCGGCAUUUUUGAAGCAGGUUUCUUUGCUGGAGCGACCUUUUACUUAACACUUUUCUACACCCGUGGGGAAAUGGGUUUUCGACUAGCUAUUGUCCAGUCAUUCGCUGUUCUGGCCUCGGCAUUUAGUGGACUGAUCUCCUUCGGCGUAUUCCAAAUCAACAGCCCUUCGGUGAAAGGGUGGCAAUACUUAUUCAUCAUCGAGGGUGGAAUGACCCUGCUAAUUGGAGUCCUGGGCUUUUUGAUCCUACCGGAUAAUCCACAGACGGCCUGGUUCCUGAACAGUAGGGAGAGAGGCGCAGCAACAGCUCGACUACUUCGAGACUCUUCCUCGGAGGUUGAGACCGAAUUUAAUCUUAAAGCCUGCUUUCAGUCUUGGGGCGACUGGCAGUUCCCUAUUUGGUGCAUAAUAACGUUUACCUACCCAGUUGCUUACGCAACGGCAAUGAACUUCUUCCCUCUAAUCGUGCAACGUCUUGGAUACUCCGUCGUCAAGACCAACUUGUGGACGGUUGCUCCAAAUCUCGUCGGUGCAGUCGUGUUGCUCUGCGUCGCCAAAUCAUCGGACUAUUUCCGCGAGCGAACAUUUCACAUUGUAUUCUCUCUGACGCUGUCCCUUGUGGGGAUGGUGAUUUUAGCUGCAAUCGACGUUCUUCAACAUAAGGGAGUAGCCUAUUUUGCUUGUUUUCUCAUGGCAUCGGGCGCAUAUAUCCCAUCCUGCCUGGUUCAUGCGUGGCAUAAUAACAACAAUGUCCAUGAAAACUCUCGCGCGGCGAAUACGGGAUUUUUUGUAGGGUUGGGGAAUCUCGCGGGGGUAGUGAGUGCUGCUACUUUUCGAACGGAAUAUGCGCCAAAGUACCUUCCUACGCUAAUUGCGACGUGCUGUUGCAAUACCGUGUGCAUUAUCUUUGUGACGGGACUAGGGUUAUGGAUGCGGUUGGAGAAUCGUCGUCGCGAUCGGAAACAAGGACAAAGACUGAGAGAAGAUGGAGUGGAUACUAGUCAGGUCAAGAAUGGUAGUAGGAGCAUGGAAUGGCGGUAUUUCCUGUAG